AUGGAUCAUGCAGAUACAGUUUCAGUCGUUGGAAACCCAUUUUAUGCUGCUCCUGAAUGUCUAAAUCGAGUAGCACCAUAUACAUUUGCUGCAGAUAUAUUCUCCUACGGUCUUUUGUUAUAUGAAUUAAUAAGGCGUUUCCACAACGACUGCUCACUCAUACCCCGUACACCGUCUUUUGGUUUAGAUCACGAAAACCUCCCGGUGCCUCCUGAUUGUCCUACUUGGUUUUUCCAGUUAGCUGUCGACUGUUGCACUCUUGUUGCAUCGACAUAUCUUAGGCAUCAUUGA